AAAAAAGAUGUUGUCUCAACUCAAAAGCGAGCAUUGCACACUAGCUAUCGCCCGAAUCUCAACCGUUGCAGCCGGUUUAGUCAUCAUAGCACGUCUAGCAAUCAACCGGUCUACCCCACUGCAUAGAAGCUGCAAGGGAGACCCGAUAAAGGUCAAGGAGGAGGAAUUGGAGCAGUACCCACGAGACACAGCAGUUAGGUUGGUGCCGCCUUUGACUAAAUUUGAUUCAAGGUGGAAAGUGCCAGACAACAACGUCAUCAGAGAUGUGAAGGGUUUGUCUUGGAAACACGAGUACGCUGAUGUUGACGCCGCACGUGCACAUAAUGUUACGAGGAGGCGAUCGCGAUUGAGUAAGAAUUGA